AUGUCAAAACAGUCUGCAUUAAGAUUACGCGAUGACCUAAUAACGAUUUUGAGGGGCGCUGGUCUAGAGCUGUGUAAAUGGUCGAGCAACGAUCCCGACUUGUUGCUUGGUGUUGAAGCAGUACCAAGUGCCAACAAUGAUUUAGAUUUGCAGUAUACGGAAAAUGUUACAAAAAUUUUGGGACUUUAUUGGAAUAAAGACAUUGAUGCAUAUCAAUACAAAGUGUUAAUGUACAAUAACAAAACGCGACCAACAAAACGCGCGAUAUUGUCCGAGAUUGCCGCAAUUUUCGAUCCGCUUGGUUUAAUAAGCCCUGUAAUAAUUUGUUUUAAAAUCAUAAUGCAAAAAAUAUGGCAAACGCGGGUAGAUUGGGAUGCAACGUUACCAACAGAAAUUGAAGGCGAGUGGCGCAAGUGCCGUGCAAAUUUAAUACAUUUAAACACGUUAAAAAUUACGCGUUCGCUCGUGGGUGAUGGUGACAUUGCGGAUAUACAAUUACAUGGGUUCGCGGACGCAUCACUUACAGCAUAUGGCGCUUGUCUAUAUCUCCGCGUAAAAAACUAUAAUGGUGAGGUCAUAACUAAUUUAAUUUGUUCGAAAUCGCGUGUCGCACCAUUAAAAACAAUUUCAUUGCCACGUCUAGAGCUAUUAGCCGCCGUCCUACUAGUGCGGCUGGCGGCUAAGUACGCGACGAGUUUAUCUAUACCAAUUGAGCAAAAAUAUUUUUGGUCUGACUCUACCGUCGUUUUAUCUUGGAUAUCGUCGGAAUCGGCAAGAUGA